UAAUAUUUUAAAUGUUUCAGAUAAAAAUGCAUUAGUUUUAUUGUUGGAGACUUGCUGGGAAAAUAUUUUAGGGAAAUAAACGGAUAAAUUAAACUUUAUUGACGACAACCACAAAUGGUAAGAUAGUUGAGAUAAAAUGGGAAACUGUUUUUCUACGGAUAGCGGGGGCCAUCAUGCCUCUGCCCCAUCUCCUGGUAUUCCCAGACUAACCGAAGCCCCUGUAGUCUCAGGACUAAACUCGGAGAAUAUAGUCCCGAUGGUUCCUCUGGACCUCGGACAUUCCAGACCGCUACCAGACCCAACAGAAUCAACUCCAUCCAGUAUUAAGGUGUUCGUAGCACUGUAUGAUUAUGAUGCACGGACAGAUGAAGAUUUAAGUUUCAAGAAGGGUGAACACUUGGAGAUUAUUAAUGAUACACAAGGAGACUGGUGGUUUGCUAGAUCCAAAGCAACUAAACAUGAAGGAUAUAUUCCAUCAAAUUAUGUGGCAAAACUCAAAUCAAUAGAAGCAGAACUAUGGUAUUUCGGGAAGAUCAAGAGGAUCGAAGCUGAGAAGAAAUUACUCCUGGUGCAGAAUGAGCACGGUGCCUACCUGAUCAGGGACUCGGAGUCAAGACGAAAUGAUUUCUCUCUCUCCGUCCGAGACGGGGACACGGUGAAGCACUACAGGAUCAGGCAGCUGGACGAGGGAGGGUUCUUCAUUGCACGCCGAACUACUUUUAGAACCCUUCAAGAGUUGGUGGAACACUACAGCAGAGAUGCAGAUGGAUUAUGCGUCAACCUUAGGAAACCAUGCGUCAAGAUGGAUAAACCGACGAUAGCUGACCUGAGUCACAACACGAGGGAUCAGUGGGAGAUAGAGAGAACUAGUCUCAAGUUUGUUCGGAAACUCGGACACGGACAGUUCGGAGAGGUCUGGGAGGGACUCUGGAACAAUACUACUCCUGUUGCAAUCAAAACUCUUAAAACAGGAACCAUGGACCCUAAAGAUUUCCUGUGUGAAGCGCAUAUAAUGAAGAAAUUGCGGCAUCCCAAACUAAUCCAGCUGUACGCGGUAUGUACCCUGGAGGAACCUAUUUAUAUCAUUACUGAGCUCAUGAAGUACGGCAGCUUGUUGGAGUACCUACAAGGUAAGGGUAAGCUGCUGAAGCUCCCCCAGCUUGUGGAUAUGGCUGCUCAAGUAGCCGCCGGUAUGGCCUACCUGGAAUCACAGAAUUAUAUCCAUAGGGAUUUGGCGGCCAGAAACGUCUUGGUUGGGGAGAACAAUAUUGUCAAAAUUGCGGAUUUUGGGUUGGCUCGGUUAAUCAAGGAAGACGAAUAUGAGGCUAGGGUUGGUGCCAGGUUCCCCAUCAAGUGGACUGCCCCCGAGGCGGCAAACUACUCCAGGUUCUCCAUCAAGUCAGAUGUCUGGAGUUUCGGUAUUCUUCUCACAGAGCUCGUCACAUACGGCCGAAUCCCAUAUCCAGGAAUGACGAAUGCGGAAGUGUUGCACCAGGUUGAGCACGGAUAUAGGAUGCAGUGCCCCCAGGGUUGCCCCCCGCUCUUCUACGACAUUAUGCUUGAGUGCUGGCACAAGGACCCGAUGAAACGACCAACCUUCGAGACUCUGCAGUGGAAACUCGAGGAUUUCUUCACAAUGUCCGACUCUGAGUACAAGGACGCCUCAGCGUACUAGGACUCUACGCAGUUGUACAAAUUUUGCGUAUCUUAGUAUUUUUGAUUCAUGACUCCCCUGGUUUAGAUUUAACUAUUAACCCUGUAAGUUUAGCUCUUGUUACUGCAGCUCAAACUAUUAUUUCCCCUAAACCAGGGGGUAUAUAAAAUUCCAUUCAUUACGUCCCAAAUGUUGAUUGAUUGAUAUUAGGGGCAGAAAUUAACCAUAUUGUUAUUGUAAAAAUUGGAAGUUUGAUGUCAAAAAUUCCAUACUGCAGAAUGUAAACUGCAAGGAAGUGGUAUUUUCAGUAUAUCAUAAAUUUACUCUUAUUGAUUAUGAUAAUUUCCAUCUGUUAACUUCCCAAAUGCAGUACACAUAUCUGAAGUAUAGUGCACGAACACAAUCAACUUGCCAAAGUUCACAUUGACACAGAAAGUGUAUACCCCAAAAUGUACUUUCAACACCGAUCCUAAUUGGGAUGAGGAAUGGAAUUACAUGGACCCCUGCCCUAAACUGGUUUAGUUUUGUUGAGAUGACCGUGCAGCUUUUUCUGAAGAUUCCUAGUUAAAAAAUAUUGUCCUCCCAUUUUUAAUUGCUCUCAAAACAACCUCAAUCAAUGUUAGUAAUUUACAUUUUCGUGAACUAUUUGAUUACAUAAACUCGUAUGGCCUUCAUUUUCAAGAUAAAGACGACAUUAUUUUUCUACUAAAAUAUCUGCCAUAGAAUCAUAUUUUUCCAUCCAAUACUUUUCUAGUAACAAAGUUUUCAGAAUUUAACCGUCAUUUACAAAGUAAUACUGAAAACUCUUAUUUGAUUGAUUGAAACCCAUA